GGAUAUAAUGCCCAGUUUAAAAAGCAGUGAACACCCACAUCCACCAUACUCAAGGAGUUGGGUUUUAAAAAUGCAACAGAGCGAAGCGUGAAAUGGAAAUGCACAACUUGUAUGCUACUGCAAUUUAUUAUAAUAUUUUCAAUUGGAAAGUCAGUGUAUGACACAUUGCAAACUGGUACAUGUUACAAAUGUGUCAUUACUCCGACUACCAUGGAAUUACAUAGGUUUGGGCACUGAUCUACACUGUCAAAUAAGAAAGGACAACAACCCUGAAAUAUCUUGCUUCGUUUGAAAAUUUGGUGCAGAAUGUCUUGCAAGUCCAUCAGGACAGGGCAAUUCACCCAUUGUAGCCAAAUCGGCCCAGUUGUGUGUGUGAGAGAAAGUCUUACAGCUGGCAGCGUUAGCUUCUUUAUUUUUUGCAUGAUUAAGAAUAUUAUGCUUUGAACAUGACCUCAGCAGAGAUUAGACAAAUAAUGUCGUUUAUAUUGCAGAUUUCUGUAUUACCCCUCUGUGCCCAGAUUUAUAGAUAUAUCGUUUGCUGUCGUGUAUGGAUUUAACUACAAGUACCUUAGAACCAUAGCUACCGCACAUCAAUUUGUGCCAUAGAUAGGUCGACCGGGAAACCGGUUUCUGAACAACUGGUUAAAUUGUACUUGGGGAAAAAAAAGAGUAGUGGUGAGAGUCAAUGUAGUAUUGCCGUAUAGAAUAGUCCUUUGUGCUCACAUGCCAUCUUUAUGCAGAUAGACUUAUUGCACGAUAUUUGCUGCUCUUCACUUGCUUUCUAUCGGAGUGUGACUGCAGAAGAGCGUAGAUCCUAUCAGCUGUCGUUGGAUUCUUAGGAAGCGCUUUAGAGGUUUGUUUAUGCAGCACUACUUUUGUGUACAUCCGAUUUUUUUUUUUUUUACAAAAUCAGGAAUUAAUAGUGUUUUAUUUCUCGAAAUCAUCAGUUAACUUAUAUUAAAGUCGUUAUGACAAUUACAUUAUGUUUAAUCUUAAACUAUUGGACAUGAUUGAUGCCGAAUGGCUGGAGUAUUCCUCGGGUCUAUUUCUUCUGGAUGGCAGUGCUUCGCCUUUCUCCUCGCUCCCUGUGCUAUAGCCGCCAUCUUGAAUUUUUAUCUUAAUUUCUGAAAUGUUUUGUUUCCGACGAUAUUUUUUUCCGAUUACAGUGUCGUACCAAUUCUGGAUUAUUUUUUUUGUUGUUGUUGAAGGAUUAUCUAAUGUUCCUGCUCAUCUUGGAAUAAAUAUUUAGUGAGUAUUUUUACGUUAUUUGUUCAAUCGGUGAAUGGUCGUUGCAAGACGUCCCUGACACUUUUCUAUGGGUGGAAAAAUGUUUUCAGAACGUGACGGCCCCUAGCUUCCAGUCUUCCCCACUCUGAGUGCUCCCUCAACUCAGAGACUCGAUGCAACUGGACCUGGGGGCUUGUGGGUAUGAAGUGGCUGGGCCAAUCCAAGAGCAUGGUGUUGAAUGGCAGCAGGUACUCCACCAGUGAGCAGCAGCCCGUGAGCCAGAGCCAGACCCGCUCCCAGCAGCAGCUACACCCACAGAGGAGCUCUCUCCGACCAGGGACUGGCAGCAGGAGAUGUAGCCGCCGGUUCAGUGCGGCCAGCCUGGAGGCGGAGCGACGCUGUAUCCCGUCCUCUGGGAUGACCGCCAAGGAGCUGUGUGAGCACGAUGACCUCACCACCAGCCUCAUCCUCGACCCUUACCUGGGCUUCCAGACACACAAGAUGAACACCAGAUUUAGACCAAUCAAGGGAAGACAGGAAGAGCUGAAGGAGAUUAUCGAGCGGUUCAAGAAGCACGACAACCUGGACAAGGCUUUCAGAGCACUCACCUCUGGAGACUGGUCCAGACACCACUUCCUACACAAGUCUAAAGCCCAGGAGAAGCUCUUCAAACAACACGUAUUUGUGUAUCUGCGGAUGUUUGCGGCUGACAGCGGGUUUGAGAUUCUCCCGUGUAACCGCUACUCCUCUGAGCAGAACGGAGCCAAGAUCGUGGCCACAAAGGAAUGGAAAAGGAACGAUAAGAUUGAGUACUUGGUGGGCUGCAUCGCCGAGCUGUCGGAGAGCGAGGAGAACAUGCUGCUGCGUCACGGGGAGAAUGACUUCAGCGUCAUGUACUCGACACGCAAGAACUGUGCUCAGCUGUGGCUGGGGCCUGCAGCCUUCAUCAAUCACGAUUGCCGGCCAAAUUGCAAGUUUGUGUCGACGGGUCGUGACACGGCCUGUGUCAAGGUGCUAAGGGACAUCGAACCGGGAGAGGAGAUCUCCUGUUACUACGGCGACGGAUUCUUCGGGGAGAACAACGAAUAUUGUGAAUGCUACACGUGUGAACGACGUCUCACUGGCGCGUUCAAAUCCAAGGCCGGGCUGCCGGCGGAGGCUCCGGUGAUCAACAGCGCGUACGGGUUACGGGAGACGGACAAGCGCCUGAACCGGCUGAAGAAGAUGGAGGCAGGAGGAGAGGGCAGCAGGAACUCCGACAGCCACUCCGUGGGCUCCCACACCGACAUAGACUCUCAGGACAUGCCAAACACACACACGUCUGGAAGGAAAAGGACUUCCUCCAAUAUGAAGUUCAGCAGAACCAGAACUCGAAGCAGACCGUCUCUUUCCAGAGCACUAACCUCUACCUCACCUUCUAAACAAAGUCACAGAGACACUGGCAGGAUACCAAAGAGACUGCGAUCCAAACCCGCCAGGCCUUCGCUCUCCAAGGUCCGGUUGCGCAGUAGAUGCAGCAGGGGCAGAGGUUCGGAGCCCAAAGCGGCGGCAGCGUCGUCGGUGGCCCGAGGGGAAGUGCUGGGUACCGCCGGGCCUGGUCGCCUGGGUCUCCGGGAGCCGAGGACGUCGCCGCUGUGUAAGGCGGGCGUGUCGGUGAAAACGGAGAAGGAUGCACAGGGACCAGUCCAGACAGCACUGGGCCAGCGGGGGUGUCUGACCCGCCAUGCGGCCAAGGAGAACAACACCCCGGCAGUCCGCGAGGGCAGCCAGAACCAGCCUUGCACUUACAGGACUCGCAGGUCCACCAGGACCCUGGUAAAGGUCCAGGAGGCUGUACCCGGGUCAGCUGGGGUUAAACUGGAGCCCGGGGGCCUGGAGGGCCACGGCACCGUCCCUGGAGGGGUGGAGAUUAAAACUGAGCCUGCUGACCUGGAGCAGUACCUGGGUCACGGGUUGGGCUCGGAGCUGGGCGGAGGUCUGGAUGCUGGCUACACGAGCAGAGGGGUAUGUACCAGACGCAGCCAGCUCACCCAGCUCCGGCCCGAACGGACGAUAAAGUGCGAGGACUCGUCGUACGGCGAGCUGUUCCCGCCGGUAGCGGUGGCCCCGGUGGCGUCCUCCCAACAACCCCGUCACCACCACAGUACUGCCGACACGGCAGACUGCGACAAGAUGCUGCUGGGCCUCUCUGUCCCAGAGCACCACUGGGACUACAGGGGGAGCGAGGCCCUCCGGAGGGAGCGGGGGGAGGACAGGGACAAGGGGAGGGAGGACAGGGACAGGGACAAGGGGAGGGAGCCCCUCCGGAGGGAGCGUGGGGAGGACAGGAACAGGAACAAGGGGAGGGAGCCCCUCCGAAGGGAGCGGGGGGAGGACAGGAACAGGAACAAGGGGAGGGAGAAAGGGCGUCGGCAUAAAGAGAAGGGAGGUUACCGGAGUCACAGGGGGGACAGAGCGCAGAGCAAAGGGAAGAAGAAACAGCGGAUCACGCGCUACGACGCCCAGCUGAUCCUGGAGAACAGUGGAGGGAUCCCCAAACUGACGCUCCGCCGGCGCAGAGACAGCAGCAGCAGCAAGACCAACGAGCCCAGCGAGCCAAUCAGCACGCAGCAGCAGGCUAGCAGCACCACCACGACGCCGCAGCCUACCGCCCAACCCCCGGUCAACUCCUCUUCGUCAUCUUCCUCCUCAUCAACGUCCAAGAUCAGCAUUAUGUUCAGGAAGGACCCGUCUCAGGACAGGGAGAAGGGCAGUUCCUGCAGCUCCUACCACGUGUCCAAGCUGAACGGGUUUGGGCCUCCCGGGCUCCACAGCACCAGCAGCUCCACCAAGCUGAAGAUCCAGCUGAAGAGGGAGGACGACGGACGGGCCCAGACGCACACCGACAACAGGGGGGACACGGAGGGCUGCGGUCUGGGUGGCGGGGCCUUCGGCCUGGAAGCCAGGAACGGUGGGAACCACGUGGGGCACAGGAUACAAAACAUUGUGGUAGAUGAGUCUUCGUCUGAUGAUGAUGAGGAGGAGGAGGAGGAGGAUGACUACUUUGACGAUGAGUUUGAGGACGAUUUCAUUCCACUCCCGCCAGCGAAGCGGUUGCGUCUCAUCGUGGGGAAAGACUCAAUAGACAUCGAUAUCUCAUCCCGGAGGAGAGAAGACCAGUCUCUGAGGCUAAACGCCUGAUAAAGCUCUCUGAAUGGAGUUCAUAAUUGCGUCCCAAAUGUCAAACUGUUCCCUAUGCUGUGCACUACUUUUGUGUGUGGUUAAUAGCAGUACACUAGGUAGGGAAUAGGGUGCCAUUUUGGGACUCAAGUCCAUCACUCCACCUUUUACAUGUACAGAAAACACUUGACUCACUAAUCAACUGUUGUGUUGAUGAUGUUUAAAGAAGUACAGUCAUUUAAAAAAUUAAAAAAUAACUUAUAAAGUUGCAACAAAAAAGAAAACUACGCGAAUCAGAAGGAAGAUGUUUGUAUAAAUGGAAAAGUGAAUGCACUUCUGUCAUGAUUUAAUAUUCAUAAUGAACAUGAAUAUUGUAGAAGGUGUACAGAUAUUAUGGUGACUAUCCUCUGUCCCACAGACAGACUUAUUGAACUUUUUUAUUUUACAUUUUGUCUCACAGUACGCAAUUCUAAACUCUGUUGGCAAACCAGACUAUUUUUUUUUUGUUGUUUUGUUUUAUUUUUAAAUUGAGUUUUUGUAAAAACCCAUAUGAUAUGGGGAUAUGGGUCCAGUAACGUUCUGAUAGGGGUCAAUCCAUUCAGUUGUAGUAAUAAUGACAGGUUUCUAUAACCGUUCCAACUCAUGAGUGAACUCAGUCCCACCAACACACUGGAAUCAUAGUGGGUUCUAUCAGCUGCUCAUCAGGGUCUUGAGCUCCGUUCCAAUUCCGGAAACAAACAGGAAUUCCGAAUUGGAAUUGGAAUCUCUCAGUUUGCUUCCUUGUCUGAAUUGAAAUGGAAUUGAGUCCAACCCUGCUCCUCCUGUCCUCCUGGCUGUGUUUUUUUGUUAUUCUCUAAGAGAACGUUGACCCUGGCUGCAAUAUCCCAAAUGUGUUUAAAGCUCACACAGUACUGUUUACAGCAUGAUGGGUAAUGGGUCAUUGACAAGCCAACAAAUGGACCAAUGUUUUGGUAAUUUUUAAGCUUCAUUUCUGAUUUCUGGAGCCUCUGAUUGGGUUUUGACUAGAUCGUAUACGGCUACGGACAGAAUUAACUUCCUAGCAGGUUAGGAGAAUUAGGUUAAAGGUUAGGAAAAGGGUUGGGGUUAGCUGAAAUGCUAAUAUUCUACCCGACUCCAACGUACAACGAUGAAUUUUUUACCGUUGCUGUUAUACCAGGGGUGUCAAACUCAUUCCACGGAGGGCCAAAGUGUCUGCUGUUUUUGUUGGUUGUUCCUUUUAAGACCUCCACAACCAGGUCAGAAGAGUUUCCUUACUAAUUAGGUGACCUUGAGUCAUCAAUCGAGUACAAGUGGAGGAGCGAAAACCGGCAUCCACUUUAGCCCUCCGUAGAACACAUGCUGUAUACCGUCUAGCCACGAGAGGUUUAACGUUUUUAAACACUAAUCUGUUAAAUGAAUACAUGGCGUGUACGCUGUCUGCUGUUUUUUUUUUUUUUUAAACGCGUCAUCAGGAAGUAACACGAAGAAGACCAGAAGUCAUGUGACAGGAAGACUGAAUCAUGUUCUGGAAAACGAGUUCAGACUCACCAGGGUAUUUAGUUGUUGUUUUUCUUUAGCUCCAAAUCAAACAUAAUGAACACAUAAUUUCGACUUCAUCGAAAUGUUAUCCCCAACGAAAUAGUCAUUUUUCACAAACAGUAUUAGGUGCCUUACAAACAACUCUUGGGAGGGGGGGGGGGGGGGGUGUAUCUGUCGAAGGCCUAGUUUUUUAGAAAAAAAUGAUUAUCAGAAGGUGAAGAACUGUAGGUCGUCCCUCGGUAACUGUAACUACGGGAACACUCCCCCCCCCCCCCCCCCCCCCCCCAGUCUUUCUGUAUAGUCUUUCUGUUUGAGUUAUUUUAGGGCUGGUUUCCCAGACAUAUUCAGACUAGCCUCGGAACUACCAAGCUAUUCUCCAUCGACCGUGUUUUUUUGUUUGUUUUAGUCUUUAAUCCUUGUCUGGGAAACCAGUCUUUUCAGUGUGGAAGUACUGAACUGCCAGAUUUAACCCAAGGGAUCAACUGAGAUGAAUGUUACCUCCACUUUCUGUUGUCCUGUACUGUUCAUAUCACCAGCAAGCAGCGAAUCACAGUGAUAAACAAGGGGUUGUGUUCAUGUAGGUACAAGAAGGGGAGGGGCCUCCCUGGACUUGUCCAAUAAGAAAUUGUCACUUUUUUUUUUUCUGUUGCAAAACAUUUUCUGUUGUGUGCCCUAAUGAACACAACCCUGGCUAUACCGUGUACCUCCUCCCCCUGUAUGGAUGCCGGUCACUCUCCAUUCUGUACUGUUCCAGGUGUUACUGUGUGAUCUUAUGUUCAAUAGCCAGCUGUCGACAUUUCUGAUUUGAUGAAAUUCAAUAACAACAAACAAACAAAAAAAUGAAAGAAAUGUGAAUCGUUUGCAGACAUUUUUUUAGUGUUGCGUUGGGUUAGUGGGGGGGGAAAAACACUUAAAACAGACCUUUAAACCAGAGCAGUGCUUUUAUGUCCAGUAUGUAAAACAACAAAAAUCACGUGAACACACCCUGUACUUAUUUAACCGUUUUGGAAUACUUGAAAACAUAAAGUUUCUUUGUGAGAAUAAACUUAUUUUUCUGUG